GGAACAUAAGCUAAUAUAUGUAUAUAAAUAUAUUUCAUUAUUUUGCAUAUAUUAAAAGUAUUUAAAAAUGUUUGUAUGUAGUAAAAAUUAUAUCUCUAUAGGAAAACAUUAUAAGGAUGUUUAUAAAAAGUUUCAUUUAAGGUUUACUUCCACAGAUUUUACACAAUGGAAAUCCACAGUAGGUUUAGAAAUUCAUGCACAGAUUGCUACAAAAUCAAAAUUGUUUUCUGGAGCCUCAACAAACUUUAGUAGCCCCAUUAAUUCAUGCGUAUCACUUUUUGACUGUGCAAUACCUGGAACAAUGCCGGUGUUGAAUAAAAAGUGUGUAGAAGCUGGAGUAUCAACUGCCUUAGCUCUAUCUUGCGAAGUUAACAAUGUUUCAAUGUUUGAAAGGAAGCAUUAUUUUUAUUCUGACCUGCCUGCAGGCUUUCAAAUUACACAACAGAAGAAACCUUUAGCCAUUAAUGGAGAACUUAAAUUUAUUGUAUUCACACCAGAAAUGCAGAAACAACCUUAUUUUAAGACAUCAAAAAUUAAACAGAUACAACUAGAACAAGACAGUGGUAGAAGUUUUCACAGUGAACACUUUGAGAGAAAUUUAGUUGAUCUUAAUCGAGCUGGAAUACCCUUGAUGGAGUUAGUUUUUGAACCAGAUUUAACAAAUGGAGAAGAAGCAGCUGCUCUUGUAAGAGAAUUAAGUUUUAUUUUGCAAUUAAUAGGCACAUGUUCAUGUAAGAUGGAAGAAGGAGCAUUACGAGUUGAUGCGAAUGUUUCUGUAAGUAGAGAUAACGCAUCUUUGGGUACACGGACGGUUAAAAAUAUUGGAAGUACGGGUGCCCUCGACGAUGCUAUAGAAUAUGAAAUAAAAAGGCAAAUUUCCGUUUUGAAAGAAGGAGGUAAAAUUAUUAAUGAGACUCGUGGCUGGGAUCCGCAACAACAGGAAACAAUUCCAAUGCGUGAAAAAGAAGAAAAACAUGACUAUCGUUUUAUGCCUGAACCAAAUUUACCACCUUUAUACUUGCAUAAUUUGAUUGAUGUGGAAUCUUUAAGAGAACAGUUACCAGAAUUACCAGAACAAAUGCGACAGAAAACAUUUCAAGAUCUUAAACCUCAGGCAUUUGUGGGAAUAACGAGUAAUUUAGAAUUAUUCAAAUUAUUUCGUAACAUCUUAGAAAAUGGAAAAUAUCGCAAUCCUCAAUUGGUAGCUACGAUUCUCAUCAGUGAAAUUACGGCUUUUUUACAUGUAAAUAAUUUACAACUUACAUAUUGCUCAGAUAAUUUGAACCGUAUUGGAGAAGCGAUUGAUUUAAUACAAGAUAAAGCAAUAAAUUACAUGAUAUUGCAAAAAUUGUUAAAUAAAUUAGUCAUUGAACCAGAUAAAACGCCAAAACAGAUCAUUGAAGAAAAUAAUUGGUUUAUGAUAUCAGACGAAAGUAAACUGGAGAAAUUAUGUUUGGAAAUACUUGAGAAACAGCCUAAACUCGUUAAAAAGUAUAAAAAAGGACGUACACGUGUAUUUAAAGUACUUUUACAACAAGUAGCCUCGGCUACAAACGAUUGUGCAAAUAUGGAACAAACUACGAAAAUUAUGACAAGAUUGUUAAGUUAAUUUUUAAAUAUAUUGGUUUUGCAACAUAAAAUAUGAAGUACUUUAUUAA